AUGCCGGCCAGCAGCCCCCCGCCCAGCACCACGGUGGCCGCCAGUGACCGCCACGACACGAGCUGCGGGCGACAAGGGAUGUGGAACCCCAACGAUGACCUCAACAGCCCCACAGGGCUCAAAGAACCUCAUUUUGUAGCAUUUAAUGGAGGAUUUAGCCAAGCCCAGCUGGACUGGUUCAAUGAAGUCCUCAAGUUCUCUGAUGAAAACCAAGAAAAAGUUAUAGUUGCAGCUCACCUGCCCAUUCAUCCCUCCGCUUCCAACGGGGUUUGCCUGGCCUGGAAUUACGAGGCUGCCCUGGCAGUCAUCCACUCGCACGGGUGCGUGGUCUGUGUCCUCGCAGGGCACCUGCACGAUGGUGCCUACUGCCUGGACACUCACGGAGUGCAUCACCUCACCCUGGAGGGGCUGAUCGAGACGCCGCCGGAAAGUAACGCUUUUGGAACUAUGUACGUCUAUGAAGAUAAAAUGGUACUGAAGGGAGGCGGCAGAAUUCCUGACAGAGUUAUGCAUUUCUGAAAUACCAGGCAAAUACAGGUUGUUCUUCUUGAGGAAGGAGUUGGAUAAAAAUGUAGGAGAUUCAGCUGUUUGCUUUUAGAAAGCUGUGCAUGGCUGAUCCUUAUUGUUUUGGCUCAGGCGUUUUUCUCUUGGAUACAGGAUUUUAGAAAUUAUGUUUCUUUAAGAAAGCACCUGAUUUCUUUUUGGAGAACAAAGAAGGUCAGUAAUUUAAAUAAAUAUACUUGAAUGCAGAAUGUUGAUUUCAAACACCCAAUCCAGACCGGAUUUCUGCUGUGAAAAGAUGCAAACCAUGUAGUGGAUAGUGUUCAAAAAACCACUGCUUUUCUCUCUGUGAGCAUUAAAGCAUGCAGAGUUG